UCGCCUGCAUCACACUGGAGACCCCGUUGAGAGGAUUUUUUUCUCUCUAUAAAGACAAGAUGCUGCUCAGACUUCUUUGAGACGUUCACACUGGAUUUUACAGAGCGCACCUCUUUUAAUAACAUCAGCUGAUUUAAACUGUCCGCGAACAGAAACACUAUACAAUUCUUCUGAACUUUUGAAUGAAUCAAAGAAGAUCUAUGCUUUAAAGUGCGGGAGUCCUUUAAGGUGCCGAAUGCGCGCAUUUUGCGCCAUCUCCUUUAGUUUCAGCUUUUACGCAAUCUCGGAGCAGUUUGUGCUGCAGGUGGAGGAAAGGAGCUCAAGGACAGAUGGCUGCGCUCACGAUACAGAGGACUGAUAACUUUUUACACACAUUUUUGCAGGAUCGGACCCCCAGCUCCUCUCCAGAGGGUGCACCCAACGCCCUCUCCUUCCUGGCCACCACCUGCAGCCAGGCCUGGCAGGUGGGCGGCAAUAUGGGCUCUGAUGGGUCACAAUUUCCUUACGAAGGCACCGUCAGCUCCACAUCUGGGAUGUUUCAGCUCUGGAGCAAUGAGAUGGCCCCGAGUACGGCCCUCAGUACGCACCAGAUGACCUUUACGGUGCCCAAGGUGCAGUUUCCUGGGCACAUGCAGUCCGGCCUGGGUCACCCUCAUCAUCAUCAUCACCCCCAUCAUCACCACCACGAGCUGCCUCUGACCCCCCCAGCUGAACCCGCGUCCUCCUACUCAUUUGAACUGUCCCCUGUUAAAGUGCUGUCUUCGCAGCCUCAAUCCAACACUUAUUACCCUCAGCACAACAGCGUUGGACAAAACUUCCCAAGCUUUCUGCAGAAUCCUACCGCCAGGCAUCACCUGUCAGGCGGCCACGUGGAGGACGGCCAGCAGUGGUGGAGCCUCCCUCAGACCAACAGCGCCCCAGCCAACCACCCCUUCACCCUGGGCAGGCAGCUCGUUUUGGGCCACCAGCCGCAGAUAGCCGCUCUCCUCCAGGGCACCUCCAAGGGUUUGCUGAGCUCCACGCGUCGCUGCCGGCGAUGCAAAUGCCCAAACUGCCAGACAAACGGCGGGGGGUUGGAGUUCGGUAAGAAGAGGCUGCACAUCUGCCACAUCCCGGAGUGUGGGAAAGUGUACAAGAAGACGUCCCACCUGAAGGCGCACCUGCGCUGGCACGCUGGGGAGAGGCCCUUCAUCUGCAACUGGCUCUUCUGCGGAAAGAGCUUCACGCGCUCGGACGAGCUGCAGCGGCACCUCAGGACGCACACCGGGGAGAAGAGGUUUGGGUGCCAGCAGUGUGGCAAGAGGUUCAUGCGGAGCGACCACCUUUCAAAACACGUAAAAACCCACCAGAGCAGGAAGGGUCGGUCAGGGCAGCCCUCACAGGGCAUAGAUCCGAUGCUCACCAGCAUUAAAAGAGAGUAAUCUGCUUCAUUUAGAUAAAAAUAAAGCCACAAAAACAAACUUUUGGAAUCCAGUUCCAGAUGUUGCACUACAGGGUAAGCAUUCCCUGGAUGUCCAUUAUUAGCAGAAUACUCCCUUUAGACUAAUCUGGAAACUUGAAACGAAUAUUAAAUAAAAAUCUGUGUUUAAGGGGUUUUCCCAUUCAUUAUGUGAAACUUAUUUAAAAUUCAACUGGUGUGAAAAGUCUAUUUUUUCACCUUAUGUAAAUAUUUGAUUUUGUUAGAGUUAAUGAAAAAAGUGACAGGGUUCUUCCUUAACGUGAUUUCUAAAUGUAUUAGCUGAAAAAUAAUUAUUCCCUCUAAAAAUCAAAUAAAUAAAAGAAUUGCACAAAUCAUGCUGGUGAUAACUUCCAUUUUGAUUACGGAUUUGAGCGAUUGGUGUGUGUUUGGACAUUUAAACUUUUUUAUUUACAUAUUUAUCUGCUCCUUGGAGGCAAUGCAAUAUCAUGUUCUGCAGACCAAACCUUUUAAAGUUAAAAAAUGUUUGUAAAUUAUGUGUAAAUAUUCUGAACAGUUUUAU